CAAAGACUGGGGAAUAUUUCGGUGGCAUUGCACCAGGGUAUUCGCCGACACAACAUAUCUGGGCCUGUUCGUCGAACGACGUUGUCGGUCCGGUAACCUCAACAAAAGGAUGGCCACGUCAACACAAUGCCUUGCCUCCAUGGCGAGGUUAUCGCUGACCCAUAUGACAAGGCCAAAGCCGGCCCUAGUACCCCGAUUCCUCGUCCCGGCCGUCAGUCAUGCCCAGACCCAGACUCGUGGCAGCAAGAAUCUCGCCAAAAUGCGUGAGCUGGCGAGGAAGGAGAAGAAGAAGAAGAAGCUAUCAAAGGAGUUCAAGUCGUGGGAUCCGACCAAAUAUCCGCAGUUUUCCCUCUGCGAUGCCAUGCGCUACCUCCGUGCCUACGAGGUCGGCCGCCCCCCAACAACCAUCAAAUACGAGCUCGCCGUUCGCCUCAAAACCCCCCGAAACGGCCCCGUCAUCAAGGGCCGCGUCCGCUUCCCACACUCCGUCAAGACCACCGACGUGCGCGUAGCCGUCAUUUGCCCGGACAACAGCGAAAUUGCACAGCAAGCUCUCCAGGCGGGCGCCGUCUUGGCGGGGCAGGAAUCCCUCUUCGAGGCCAUCCGCAACGAGAACAUCACCUUCAACCGCCUGAUCUGCCACACCUCCUCCGAGGCCGCCCUCAACAAGGCCGGCCUGGGCCGCAUCCUCGGUCCCAAGGGUCUCAUGCCGAACAAACGCAUGCGCACCAUCACCGACAACGUCGUCAGCGCCAUUCGCGACGAUGCCGGCGCCGACGAGUACCGUGAGAGGUCGGCCGCAUUGCGCAUCCCCGUGGGCCAGCUCGGCUUCACCCCCAAGAUGCUGGCUGCCAAUGUCAAGACUUUCAUGACGAGCAUCAAGCAGGAAAUUGCCAAGUUGGAUGGUGCCAAGGAGAUUAGGGAGGUGGUGCUGAGCUCCUCGCAUGGACCGGGCUUCAACUUGAACGGCCUGUUCGAUCCUACCGACGACAAGGUCACGCCCGAGGACCUGUCUCACGUCAUGUAAAACCAUGUCACGCCAAGAAAUGGGUGCAUCAGUUGUAUUAUAUAUCGUUGUUGUAGUUGUAUAAAAAAGAACCACAGCGAAGAGUCAUGUGCCGAGCC